AUCGAGAUUCUAUCACCAUGCCUCCCAAAGCCAGUGGUAAAGCCGUCAAGAAGGCCGGUAAGGCCCAGAAAAAUAUUACGAAGACCGACAAGAAGAAGAAGCGCAAGAGGAAGGAGAGCUACGCUAUCUACAUCUACAAAGUAUUGAAACAAGUCCACCCCGACACUGGAGUCUCCAGCAAGGCGAUGAGCAUCAUGAACAGCUUCGUCAACGACAUUUUCGAACGUAUCGCUGCGGAAGCUUCUCGUCUCGCUCAUUACAACAAGCGAUCAACCAUUACGUCUCGGGAAAUUCAGACCGCUGUACGACUUCUCUUGCCUGGUGAACUUGCCAAGCACGCUGUCAGUGAAGGCACAAAAGCCGUCACCAAAUACACCAGCUCCAAGUAAUUGACAUUUCAAGAACAUCAAACGGCCCUUUUUAGGGCCAACAAAUAUUUCUAACGAAGAACAAUAUUUUUCAAUCUACAAAUCAAAAUAAUUUCUAACCCUGUUGAGCAUAAACUCGGUUUAUAUUUAAAAAUUAAACUUUGACAUCCAUGCCUUCAACCACAAGGUUUUUCAUGUAUUUCUUAUUUGUUCAAUCAUUCAAAUAAUAUUUUCUACUUCGACUGUUAAACAAGUUGAAUCUUUAAAUGAUUCAAUGCAACUGAAAUUACACUGAGUUUCAGCUAAUUUCUAGCCAAAUUAAUGAUUCCCGAACUUACUAAAAAAUCAGAAAUUGAUAAAUUAUAAAAUGUUACAAUUUACAGUUUCGACAUAGCAUGGUGUGUUAUUUAUCGUCUAACUUGAUGUAGUCAAUUCUUUAAGAAUAUACCUCUCA